GUUAAUGUGCGGGGGGAGGUUGGCUCCGGCUGGAGGAGGAAAAGUCGAGGGGACUCUGGGAGUCCCUCAGCGCGCAGUUCGGGAGGUGAGGUCAGGCGUUUCCCCUUUGGCUGGCCCCCGUGUCGAGUGUUUUUCCCCCUCUGUAAACACCGAGAGGUUUAUUACCGUUCUAUCGGAGGGGAUAUUACACGUUCGGGUGGAUGAACACGGACUCGGUGCGCUGAGCAAAACACGCACGGUGGUUUAUCUAGGAAAAGAGUGAUGGUGGACAAUUCCAGUAGCAGUAAAGCGCAAGUGCCCAGCUUGUCUCAGGACAGUGGUCUGGCUGGUGCAUUUUCCCAGGUAGCUUUUGGAGGUGCGGCUGGAGUCAAACUGGAGGCGGUUAUGGAGCAGCUCCAGAGACAACAGCAAGCUAAACUAGAGAUGGAGCGCAAGGAGAGACACCUCAGGGAAGCUCAUAUUUUGUAUGCCCAGCAGCUGGCUGCACAGCAAGCGAUCAUGGCCUCCAGAGCUCAGGGCACCCCAUUUACCCCUGAUUUCUACAAGAACUCCAGAGACAGAGCGCUGAAAGCUGGCCAGGGGCCUCAAACUGCCAGGGGGCCCAUGAAAACCGUCUCUGACCAAGUACAUGAGGAAGAUGCCACUGAUGAGAUGGACAGAGGACGAGGGUCCGAGGGGGACGAAUACGACGACGAUGAGAUGAUGGAUGGGGAAGACGGUAGCGAAGAAGAGGAAAGCGAAGGCUUGGAGUUCCUCAGGAAGCAAAGUCUUGCGCUCCAGCAAGCGUCUGUCGGAGUUCCUCCGUAUACGUUCCCUGUCUAUGCCGCAUCGCCAUCCGCUGCUAAAAAACGUCCCCUGUCGCCGACCACUAAGGUGAAAGACGAGCCUGAAGACUCCCUUCCUGACCAACAAUCGUUCAGCACACCAAACGGACUGGCUGAUUGGAGCCUCGAUGACUCAUUCAAACAGAAUGGAAAUUCAAGUUGGAACGAGGAAGGCGAGGGUGGGAGAAGCCGAGCAGAGGCCUCUAGAGACUUUGCCAAGCUUUACGAACUGGACAACGACCCAAACCGGAAGGAGUUUCUCGAUGACCUCUUUGCAUACAUGCAGAAACGAGGUACUCCUGUGAAUCGAAUCCCCAUCAUGGCCAAGCAGGUGUUGGAUCUGUACAUGCUGUAUAAGCUGGUGACUGAGAAGGGAGGUCUGGUGGAGGUGAUAAACAAGAAGAUCUGGAGGGAGAUCACCAAAGGCCUGAACCUGCCCACCUCCAUCACCAGCGCCGCCUUCACCCUGCGAACACAGUAUAUGAAGUACCUGUACCCAUACGAGUGUGAGAAGAAGGGUCUGAGUUCCCCUGGAGAGCUGCAGGCGGCCAUCGACAGCAACCGAAGAGAGGGCCGUCGCCCAGGAUACAGCAACAGCCUGUACCGCUUCUCCCCUUCCCCCAGUGCCUCGGCCUCGCACCUCCUCUCUCCUCCUAAGAUGCACCUGCAAGCCACGGGACACAACGGACUGCAGGCCACCCCCAGUCCUGGCCUGAAGAAAGCCACAGUCCCAGAGGACGGUCCAGUCUCCAUGUUGCCAGGUCGACUCCCUCUAGCCCUGGCUCUCGGGCAUCAGCAGCAGCUGGCACGCGCCGCCACCCUGGAGCAGCUGAGGGAGAGGCUGGAGACGGGCAUGAGCGCGGGGGCCGCGGCGCUGGAGGGGCCCGAGAGGAAGAUGGCGCGUCUGGCGGAGGAGCAGCAGAGGCUACUGCAGCAGGCUUUCCAACAAAACCUGCUGGCCAUGGCAUCCCAGGUGAACCCCGCCAGCCUGCGGAUGACCAACACCAGCACCCGCGAGGACAAACAGGACCUGUCUCUCAGCAUUUCUUCUAAUGGCUCGGCAAGCAUCAAUGUGUCUGUGGAGGUCAAUGGGAUUAUUUACGCAGGAUCCUUGUAUGCUCAGAAGGCUGGAGCGGUUCCCACCGCUGUCACAGCCAUGUUCGCAGGCCAGACCUCCACCCUCAGUCCCGGUAUCCCCUCUUCCUCCUCCUCGUCCUCCUCAAAGGGCUCUGACUCUGUGGAUCCGGCCACAGGAGGGUCACCCUAACUGUCAUCAGCAAGUCAGUCCAAACUACAGUCUCCAGAGGCGACACAGCAAAUCCCAGUCUGCCUCCCGCACAAACCACAGCUGUGUUUUCCUUCCAGUGAAGGGAGGACCACACACACACACACACACUUCUACAAACUCGUCAGCUGUUAAAAGCUCAUCACGGACCCCACCUGCUCUUCUCCACAAGAUGUUUUCUCAGGACUGAGAAGACUGGUUUUUAGAGAUGUUUGAUUCAACAGAAUACCUCAGCUGUCUUAAUCUCAGUGCUGUCGUGAGUGUAAACACUUCGGUGAUCGUGUAAUCAUGCCUUACAUUCACUCACAGAGAUCUGCGAAGCAAUCAUGGCAUGAUCAAAUCACCUUCUGCCAAAGCCACAUUUGUGAGGUUGUGGUUGACACCUUUUCUCUUUUUUGCUGUCUAUUAAUUCUCUUAUUUAAAAAUGUUUGCUGAAUUUACCUCAUCUGCAGUGAAUUUAAAAGACUCAGGAUCGAUUAUGAUACUGCUGUGUAGCUCUUUAUCUAAUAUGAUGGAUUUUUAAACACGCUACAAAUCCCCAUCAAGUGUUGUGAAGUUGGUUUGGUAAGAAAAAGGGGUCACAGAUAUUAUUUUUUUCUUUUUUUAAGAAUUAUUUACUUGAUUUUAUUGUUUUCUAUUUCCGUUGUUUUGUAGCUUCUAGAUACAGAAAUAUUCAUAUGAUUUGAAAAGAGUUUUGAGUUUGAAACUGCAUUUUACACAGCUGAGAGGUUUCGUUUUUUUGUUCUUAUUUAGACAUAUUUACAGGCAACAGUUUGGUUGAAAGAUUUUUCUCUACCUCAGACACAAGACAAUGUACGGUUGAAAGGAAAUGAUGUGGACACGCACGGUUUGUGUCGCACAUGUCAAUCAUUUCGGUGCGUUGGACGAUCAUGUACAGGCUCGUAAAUAUAAGGGCCUUGAUUAGUGUACUAUUCUUCUACUCUUCUACGAGUUCUUUAAAACAAACCAGGUCACGGAAAAGCAGGAUAACAUUCAAAUCAAAGGAAGAUUGGAUGUUUUUUUUUAGUUGUCGAACUUCAGACCUCACGUAUCUUUCCAUAUUGGAAAGCGAGUUUCUCAGGAAUUUCCUUUUUUUUUCUUCUUCAUUAAAUUUUAAUUUCAGAACCUAGACUCAGUCUUGCUCCUGAAACGGAUGACACUAGUUAUAUGUCAGUCAGUGUGGGACUGAAAUAGCUACCUCACUCAGGUUUUACCUCAGAUGUAGUUCAAUGCUUGCAGUACAUCACUGAAUUACCUCAGAAGUACUGUCUUUUAAUGCAAAAAAAAUACUCUCUCAGGUAAUGAAUUUGCAAAAUACCUCAUUGAAAGGCAGAACAACUUUACGGCAUUGUGAGAUAGUUAAAUGCAGUAUCUCAUAUCCAUGAAGUAUUGAUUAUCGCUAAAACUGUCUUCCAGUACUUCCAAUACACUUCCAGUAGCAAUCAAGGCUUGUUCAAAUACUCAUGCUGAUUUAGCCUCAUCAACAAAAUAGAAAUCCUGCAUUUGCUUGACCCUGGGACCUGCUGGGAUACAGACACUUUUAAUUUCUAUAUUCUUCAGAUAACGACAUAGCUGAAAACCAAAGACCAUGUGUUUGUUAUCCUCUUUGAUGACCUCACUGUAUGGACAUAUGCAACUUUACACAAUGAAAUUAAAGUCUGAUCUGAUGCAA